CCUGAAUGACACAUUUAUAUAACAUUUGGUGAUAGGUAUGAAACAAAUUAAAGUUGAGGAGGAAAGGUGACAUUCAGUAAAAAGUAGGGUGGCCAUGGGUGAAAUUAACAUGAAAAAAUGAAGUAAUGGAGCCCACCAUCGUUCUUACCAGCCUGUAAUAUAGCUGUGAUCACUACUUCCCACCUCCAUGCCCAUAUGCUUCUCUUUGCUUUAAGUUCUUAAUACAAACUCCAAUUCAACGUUUAUUGAUUUUUCUAAGCUGAAAUGAGCUCAAUGUUCCGAGGCAAGCAAGCGCUUCCAGUCUCGCAACCGGAGGAGGGAUCAGGAGGCAUCCGGAGAAGACUCUCUUCUCUCAACUUCCAACAACGCAGCAUCUCCAAUUCAUGGGCAUUUCGCAGAUCCAAAUCUGUCUCUUCAAUGGGAGAAUAUGCCGGAAAUUCCAUUAGGAAAUGGUGGGAUUGGGGAUGGACCUGGAUCCUCUCCAGAAGACCCACUUUUGCCGAAGAUCUGGAGAUGAACGAGGAAGAAACAACAGUCCUAGGUUGCCACAAUAAAGGCAGCUUGAGACAUGUUUUCUACAAGGUCAGGUCUGAAUUUAGAAAGCUCAUCGGAUCCGACAACGUUGGCCUUCCUCAAACCUUUCGCUACGAUUCCUACAAUUACUCCAAAAAUUUCGAGAAUGGAAGCAGAUCAACAAUCCUUGCUCAUUGAAAAUCCAUUCUGUAAGAUGAUUGAAUGAAGAUUUCGCUGUCCACGCUUGUUUUUUGUCUUGUCUUUUAGGGCAAUUGUCGACGGGAUUCAGCAAUUCUUGCUGCUUGAUAUUGUAUUUUUCUGCGUGUUCUAUAUAUAUAGUAGUGGUAGAUUAUGUAAUGAAUGAUUGUUUCAUUUAUUAAAUUUGAUGUUUAAUUCGCUCAACUUCUAUGUAAUUGCGUAUAUCAGUAGCGUAUAAACCAGCAAUUUCAAAGUUCCUUGAUUUAGAUUU